GAAAAAGAAAACAAAUUUGCAAAAAGAAAUCUGUUUCUAUAGAUUUUGAAAAUCUGUGAGCAGUCGAGCGUGUAAACUACAUUAUAGACUGGAAUCUCUGUUAACAGUAACAAACAGGCAGAUCUACGUUCUUUAAGCUCCUCCAUCUAUAAAAUAUCUGUACUGGACUUUGAGUAUAAGAUUUGCCUAAUUCACAAGAAAGGAUCGAAUGAUUAAGAGUUCAUCAUAGACAGCUUCUCACAAGGUUCAAGUUUCUCUUCAACUCAACAACUCACAAAAGUGGGAGAUUUCAUAACGGAAUCAUAAGGGAGUGCUUUGACCUAUGUUGUUGUAUGCUGGUGUCCAUUCAAAUGAAUCCAUAAAACUUGAAUGCUGCACACUAUUUACUAUGACUUCAUUACACAGGCUGACCUCUCAGCACCCCGAAUCCUGACUGAUGUCAGUGUCCUAUGGAUGGCUUUGUAGCGUCAUUGGAGGGAGGGUGGCUGCAGUUUCAUCUCCAGUCAUGGUCCUAGGUGAUCUUAACUCGGAUCAUGGGACCCUAAAUUAUUUACACUGAUGUCACGGGGUCAGUUGAUGUGCGCAUCAGCUGUGGAUCCCUCUUCAUGAUGAUCAGGUGCCUCAUUUAGUAAAUUAAAGGGUCAUUGCUAUAAUCUUAGAUCAGUCGUAAGACUAUGACAGUCUCACGUCACGGUGAAGAGGGCAGCUACAGUGUGGCGGGCUGUUACACAACCAACACUACAACUUUCAUGCGCAAUUUACGCAGUAGUCAGAAAUGUAAACCAAACGGCCACCAAUGUCUUCAUCAGUGAUGUCCAGAGGAAAAUGACGCACUAUAACACACGCCAAACUCCUGUCUUCCAACUCUGUCUCUCUCCCCUAUUUGUAUGGGCAAAUCGGGAACCGGACAAAAAUCUGAAGCGAUUACACUGUUCCAGAUUAGAUCCGGCUGACACGGGAAUCGUCAUUUUCUCCUGAAAACUCGUGCUUACGCCGUGAGUUCCAGCAUCGCCCGUGGGGCUUUACCCCAGCCUUUAAAAACAUGGGAUUUCUCUUUGUCGGGGCGACAAACAGCUCACCACAAGCCCAGUCCUGCAGCGACUUUCAUCGAAAUCAACCUGAAGAGCAAGAAUGGAGUGUCACUGCGCCUCAGCGAUGAACGGAAAAGAGCCCACGGUGACUAAGGCGAGCAAGUGCACAGAGUCUAAACACUCGUGCAAAGAGGAGAACGACCCAAAGAAAGGUGCUGACUCGAUCGAGUUGGUUUGCAUAGAGAACGCGUACCGCACCAUACUGAGCGAGCUUGGAGAGAACACAGAGCGCGAGGGCCUUUUACGCACACCGUUACGCGCAGCUAAAGCCAUGAAGUUCCUCACAAAGGGCUACAAGGAGACCAUCCAUGAUAUCUUGAACGAUGCCAUCUUUGAUGAGAACCACGAAGAGGUGGUGGUUGUCAAGGACAUCGACUUGUUCUCUCUUUGCGAGCAUCACCUGGUGCCCUUCUUUGGCAAGGCUCACAUUGCAUACCUUCCAAACAAGAAAGUUGUGGGUUUGAGCAAGCUUGCGAGGAUUGUUGAGAUAUUCAGCAGGAGGCUUCAAGUUCAAGAGCGUCUCACCAAACAGAUAGCAAAAGCCAUCGAGGAGGCGUUGCAGCCUGCUGGAGUGGCAGUGGUGAUUGAAGCUGUCCACAUGUGCAUGGUGAUGAGAGGUGUGCAGAAGAUGAACGCCAAGACUGUAACAAGUUCCAUUAGUGGACUUUACCUAGAAGAUCCCAAGAUCCGGGCUGAGUUUUUUUCCCUGGCUCUGGGGAAAUGAGAGGUUCUGAUCUCAUGCUAUUUGAUACUGUGUGUUGCCAGGUUUGUCUGUAUUUCACCGUUGAUAUUUAUUGACAGAAGUCAGAAUGUACAAGGCAAUAAAACCUUUAAAAAAUAAAAUUGCUACCUUGAAUUGUGCUAUUGUUCUCUUUUCGAGUUAUCCUUUCCAGAUGUUGGCUAGGUGGCUAAGUUAGUUUGUCCAGUAUGGGGGUGUAACUCAUACCAAGACAAAAUGGCUUAUUUGGAGAUGUUUCAUUAAAGGUGCAAUAUGUCAAAUUUAAAAAUUUUGGUUGAAAACUCUGAAAAAUUAACCCAAAUUAACACCAGAUUGUGAAGAACUAGCAGUUUUGAUGUAAUGACAUCUAUUUAAUGUGUCGCAAAGCAGGUUUAGCAUGCUGACCAGCCAGCCCUGGCCCUUUGCGGUCCAAAGAUCCUGUGCCAGUAGUGUAAACACAAACACUAUGCUUGUGCGCUGAGCUCUCAUUAUUGACAUGUACUGAACAACUGAACUACAUCGCUAACAGCGGCUUUGGUUAGCAGCAGCUGGCGGUUGCUCUGGUGACAUUCUGUGGUAGAGUCUUGAGU